AGGAUUUGAAAGCGGAAGUGUGGCAUGUGAGCGGAUGCGUGCGUGUUGUUGCUGAGAAGCGAGCGGUGAUAACGAUGUAGUGAGAAGGGAGAGCUGUCACAUCCGCGGCAUGUGGAGUAUCAUCGCUAUAAAGUUUUUUCAAAUAGAAAUGUCUCGUUUUGGCGCUCAAAAGCCAAGCGCGCUCUUCAGCUCAUGAUCCCGGAGGAAAGGCGCGCUCGGGGAGGAGACCACCGAAUCAAGAGAUGGAGGCACACUGUUCAGGCCUCGGCAGGAAGAGGAAGAGAGAGGAGUUGAACGGCGAGACGGAGGAGGCGUGUUUCCGAAAACGUCCACGGAGGACUCUGGGCCUGACUGAACCCGCGCCGUUCGCCGAUGAGCUGGUGGCCGCGAACGCCCCGUACGCUCGUGUCAGCAUGGACGAAGCCCGCCGUGGCACUCCGGAGCACCGACCCGUCCGCGUCUACGCCGAUGGGAUCUUUGACAUGUUUCAUUCCGGACACGCUCGUGCCUUGAUGCAGGCCAAGUGCCUUUUCCCCAACACGCAUCUCAUUGUGGGCGUGUGCAGCGACGAUUUGACGCACAAAUUUAAGGGUUUCACUGUCAUGAACGAGGAUGAGCGCUACGACGCAGUGAGUCACUGCCGUUACGUCGAUGAGGUGGUCCGCAACGCUCCGUGGACGCUGACGCCUGAAUUUCUGGCUGAGCACAGAAUAGAUUUUGUCGCCCAUGACGACAUCCCAUACAUCUCAGCAGGAAGUGAUGAUGUUUACAAACACAUAAAGGAGGCGGGUAUGUUUGCGCCAACUCAGAGAACAGAGGGCAUCUCUACCUCCGACAUAAUCACACGAAUCGUACGUGACUAUGAUGUUUAUGUGCGCCGCAACCUGCAGAGAGGUUACACUGCCAAAGAGCUGAACGUCAGCUUCAUUAACGAGAAGAAGUACCACCUGCAGGAGCACGUGGAUAAAGUGAAGCAGAAGGUCCGAGACGUGGAGGAAAAGAGCAAAGAGUUUGUGCAGAAGGUGGAGGAGAAGGGCAUCGACCUCAUUCAGAAAUGGGAGGAGAAAUCACGCGAGUUCAUCGGGAACUUCCUGCAGAUGUUUGGGCCGGAUGGAGCGCUGAAGCACAUGCUGAAAGAAGGAAAAGGGCGGAUGUUACAGGCCAUCAGUCCCAGACAGAGCCCCAGCAGCAGCCCCGUCCGCGAGGAGCGCUCGCCGUCCCCCACCUUCCGCCUCCCCUUCUUCACCUCCUCGCCGUUCUUCUCUCCUCCUCCUCCUCAUCACAGCGGCUCACACUACGCGGGCAAAGAUGAGGGCGACUAGGACCCAUCCGUUCUAGAAAUCACGCUCACAAACGGCUCUUCAUGCUUUCUUUAAGCCAUUUUGAGUAGCCAAGAAUAUAAAUGAAGGAUGGACCAGCUCAAGAUUUAUUUGAAAUGCACAAUAGUGACCAAAUUAUUCCACCCGUGCUUUCUAAAGGUUUUGAUCCCACGUCUCGCUCUCGCUUCAGAGAGAUUUGCCACACACCACUAAACCAAAAGGCUCAUAUUGUUGGCCUAUUCCUCGGAUCGCAUUCGGCCCGGAACUUGCAUAAUUAUGCAUUUUUAGCGCCUCUUGUGUUUUUUUUUUUUGUUUUCGCAACAGAGCGUCCGCUCGCACAUAAUCUCAUUCUCGGUUGUGCAUAAAACUCACCCUCACCUGCCUUCAUUGUCCAGAUCUUUUCAUACUUGAACAGGGGCCAAACUUGAGACUUAUUCCAGCAUGGGGGAGGGAUCGCGGGACGGAAAACGUCAGGAUCUUUGUAUAGUUCUGGAAUGUUUUUUCUCAUUUUACGCCGCUUACAGUAUUGUCUGUUUUUUUUUUUUUUACCUCCAGUCAUUCUUUUUGCAUAUUCACGUGUCUGUCUGACCUUUUUAUGUUUCUGCUGAAGUUCACUAGGUGUUUUUCCUCACAUGAACUCUCUCUCAGACUCUGAUGUGAAGUAAUAAUUUCGGGGCCUGGCAGCGGCGGCGUCUGGCACCUCCGUUUAGACCCUGAGCUAGUCUGUGGCAUGGGUCCCAGUCUUUUUGGAAAGGCUUUGCAUGCUGAAUGUUUACAUUACCCAAGCCCACCGAGGGACAGUGUUAACACGAAAGAGUGCCAGGACCUGUUUGCUUACAUGUUUACAUGGGACAGGAGGAGACGUCCGUAGCAUUAUGUUUUUGCCAGCACACCAAAACACAACUUUGGCAUUCUUGCGUUCAGAAACGUUAAAAUUUCAUUUGUUUUAAGAUGAUCUUUGUGAAUCAAAAGGACCAAUGCCAGUGAAUCACUAAACUAUCUUGAAAGAAAAACUA